UUAUAAAACACCUAAAAACGGCCAGUGAAGGUGUUAUAAAACACCUAAAAACGGCCAGUGAAGGUGAUAUAAAACACCUUAAAACGGCCAGUGAAGGUGAUAUAAAACACUUGACAUCUUAUUGGGGACCCUUUGAUUUAUGACAAAAUGUGGAAUUGCAAGUUGUGUAGUUUUUCUACUGCGAUAAAAGUCAUGUUGCUGAAACAUUACCGGCUUAACCAUGGCCAGUACUCCACAAUUUCACCUUUACCCUGUCUCUACACCACCUGCAUGUGUACAUUUAGUACAUUUAAUUCAUUAAAGGUACAUAUGUCAAGAAUACAUACUGCUACACAAAUAAGACCAUUCAAAUCCAGCUUUUAAUAAUUAUGGAUUUUGCUGCCCUGUGUGUAACUUUAAGCAGCCAUUUAUUGAAAGGCAAAUGUUUAUCCAUCUGAGGGGGCAUUUAAAACUGAAAGAAAUUGUUCCAUGUCCUUUCAAGGACUGCAAUUUUAAAACCAAUGUAUACUCAACAUUCAAUGUGCACAAAUGCCGAGAACACCAAAGUUCAGCACAUUAUGAUGAAGGCAUUGUGCAAAGUGUCCUAAAUGUAGGCCAAAAGGAUGUUAUGCAGCUUGAUUCAGUAGAACCAUUAGAUGAAAGUGAAGUGGCAUCCACUAGUGAAAUGAGUACAACUGACGGUUUAGAAGAGCAGUUGCAGCACAAUCUAGCUGGCUUUUUCUUGAAAAUGCAGAGCAUUCUCCAUGUGUCCCAGAGAGCAACACAGGAGAUCAUUGAGUAGGGCUGGGGGUAAACGAUUAUUUUUAAAACGAUUAUUCUGACGAUUAUUUUAUCGAAUAGUCGACUAUUCUAAUGACUAUUUAGAAAAUUAAUCUAAUGAUUAUUUUUCUAUUGCACAAUUAACAAAAACCAGAAAAUCUCAAAUAAAUUCCUCAAAAAAAUUGAUAAAUUCUUACUGUAAGAGAAUAAACACUACAGGCCUUCCAUUUUGUAUAACACUGCUUUUAUUGUGUUGCGGAUGGUUAUGUUCUGGUGACGUGUAGAACUUGGGAGUGCAGGCUGCUGCCUGAGAGGUGGUAGAAGAUGGAGUGUCUCCAUGCUGCUUUGUUUUGGUCACUUAUGUGCGUGAGGCGAGUGGUCUUACGGGUUAAACCAAACUCAGGUGAUAUUUUACACUAAACCGAAAACCCACAACACUCUAAAUGUAAUAAAAGGGAGAUCUACACCACAAAAAAGAUGAACUCUAAACCAAAACGUAACAGCUUAUCCCAACGCAAGAAGCUGUUAGCGAAGAUGCUAACAGUAGCUUUACCAACGUUAAGUUCAAGUUACCAAGUUUAAAUAAACCAAAAACACCCAGCAGCAAACAGACCAGCACGGAGGAGAGACUGCUACCACCAAAACAGCUCUCCUCAUGUCUGAAAGAAGCUCCUUAAUGGCGGGAGAAGCGCUCCCGGUGAUUUUCUACAUCUGCGAUAGACACGAAGCAGCGCAUCUGACCCCGGAAGUUGUUGUCCGUUGCCGGGAGACGAAGGGGCAAAACAGGAAAAUAAUCUAGUAGUGGACGGACGUUGUUCCGGGUCUUCGGUAUUUGGCGGAGAUGUUAGUGAAGGCGGAGAAGAGGGCGAACUAGAGGAAAAACGGGCAGAUUCCUCCUCUAUUUACAAACUCCUGGGGAUGCAACAAGUGGGCGCGGUGCGUCGACUUCCGGAUCUGACGUCGACAAAUUUUUAGAAUCGAGCCGUCGACUUCGUCGAGGCUUCGCUACAGCCCUAUCAUUGAGCACAUUGAUCACCUGUUUUUGUUAACAGAACCUCUCAUUAAAACAUCAGUAGUUGAUAUACUGAAGAAGCAUAACUGUCUAUAUACUGACAAACUGGUCGAUGACAUUUGUCAGGCAGUUUCUGAUAGUAAUGUUUUACAUAAAUGUAUCACAUCUGGUGGACCACUGUCAACAGCAAAGAUGAGAAAAUCUUACUAUGAAGCAAACUUUCCGUAUGUCAAGCCUGUGGAGUAUUUAAUUGAAUCAUCAAAGCACACAUACAUGUAUGUGUCAAUUCUUACAUCUUUGCAAAUGUUGUUGAAAAAAACCGAAGUCCUUGAAAAAGUUCAACAAACACCCACUCAGAUACCUGGACAUUUCAUGUCAUUUUGUGAUGGAUCCUACUACCAGGAAAAUGUUCUACUCUCACAAGAGGGAACAAAACUUUCAAUAAUGCUUUAUGUGGAUGAUUUUGAAAUUGCAAACCCACUCGGUACUUCAAAGAAAAUACAUAAAGUUUUUGCAGUUUAUUGGACACUGGCAAACUUUCCAGUUAAAUCCCGUUCUGCUCUCCACUGCACUCAGCUUGCUCUCCUGUGCAACUCUAAUGAUGUGCGCCUGUUUGGUUUUAUGAAAAUGAUGUCACCACUCUUAAAUGAUCUGAAAACUCUUGAAGAAGUAGGCAUCUACAUUGAUACCCUUGGUGAAUGUCUUAAAGGCACUGUCUACUGUGUUGUGGCAGAUAACCUUGCCGCACAUGGGCUUGCUGGGUUCAAUGAGAGCUUCAGGUCUACACAUUUCUGCAGGUUUUGUCAUGCCACACAAAUAGAAAUGCAGACAAAAAAUGCAGUUACAGGGGAUUAUGUGCUGAGAACAAAGGAUCUUCAUGACAAUCUUUUACGAGAGCUUCAGAGCGAUGGCAGUGAGGGAAAUUGUGGUGUCAAAAACAGUUGUGUUCUUUCUGACCAUCUGUCAUUCUUCCAUCCUGUCACAGGCUUCCCACCUGACCUCCUGCACGACCUGUUUGAAGGCGUUGUUCCAGUGGAGAUAGCUCAUUGCUUAAAAGUGUCUGACUAAAGAAACAGAACUGAAAUAUCAGCGGAUCUCCCCAGCCCUUCUGCCAGUGUACAGGUAAUGCAUACAUGGCAUGAGAACUCUGAGUGUGUUGAAAUGUCGCUAUAUUAUUUGAAUCCUGUAUGUUACAGGACCUACAACUUCAGAUGGAGGCAACAGAGAGACUGAAGCUAAGGGUCAUCCUUGAUAAUGAUAAUGCUGAAAGACUUAUUCUGCCAUCUCGCCCAAGCAGUGUACAGGCCCUCAUAGAUGAAAUCAAAACUAGGCUAAAGUUGACUUUUGACUUUAGGCUUCAGUUUGAAGAUCCAGAUUUUGAUCAUGCAUUGUGUAAUUUGGUUGAAAUGGAACACCUCCCAAGCACAGCAUCGGUUAAAAUAAUCAGAUUAGUGGAGCUGGACUUGAUUUCAACCAGCACUAGUGAGACAAGUCUUCUGAACGAUAGCACUGAUGCCAUAGAUUCACCAGAGCGUAUUAGUCGGUGGCCAGAGGUUUUUAUUGUUCCAAAAUUUUCUUAUGAGGUGGAACAUGUGCUAAAGGAAGGUAAUGCAGCAUUUGAAAAAGAUGGGAAACUAAUUAGACUUCCUAGAGAUCAAAAACACAACAUACUCGAGGUAAUGGGGGAAGAAAAUUUUUAAACUGAAGGCAUAUCCUAGUAGCACACAGAUUGGAAAGGCUGCAAAGGCUUUAGUUGAAAAGCAUCCCUGUCUGAAGGAGAACAAUUCUGACACUGGUUGGGAAGGAUGGAAGAAUAGUUUGAGACACAAAAUAGGAAACCAAAGAAAGAAGUUGGCCAAAGCCGGCAUCAGAGAUGUUGCUGUAAACUCUGGAAAACGCAGCAGAACAAACCCAGAAGGAGCUGCACCAAGAGCCAAUAUUAAAAGACCUAAGAGAGGUGAGGUCAACUUCCUUCCCAGUUGUCCUUCUGGAGAAACAAGAGAGUCUCUGGAGAAAAGGAGGGUUGAUGAUAGAAGAGUUCCGGAAGACCUCUGCUGAAAGGGACAUUCCACUCAUUCAUCAGCACAUGAUGCGCACUUUUUCCCUGAGACGUGAAGAGAUCAUUACAUCUUCUCUUCCUGUAUCAGAGCUUAAGGACAGAUGGCCAGCUCUCUUUAAUGAGACACAGCUCUACUGUGAAUUUCACCGGAUUACCAAUCUUCAUCUACCACAUGUUUUUUAUGCUGCACUGGAUGAAUAUGCUCCUCGGCUGAUUGGACUUUACAAAAAGAAGAAAACUGGACGGGUUGGUGAAAACAUGGACCAGCUGUUGUUGGAAUAUGAGCAACAGGACAAGAAUGACAUCUGCACAACAAGAACAGCAGCCCUGGCUGGCCUGCCGAUUUACCUCAAGGAGGAUUCUUCAGGCAUUUUCAAAACAUGCAAGGAUGAAAUGGAGUUCCAUGAAGCUGCACUUGCGCUGGUUGCUGAUGUGGGUGAAGAGGAUGUGCCUGCUGGAGUUCCUUUCUCACCACGCCAAGUGUUCGUUGUUCUUGAAGAUCAGGUUGUAAUGACUCAUUACAGAUGGACUGAUGCUUUGGUGUGUUUGUUUGGGCUAAUAUAUGCUCUGCAUCUCAGCUAUCCUGUGAAGUGUAGUAGCUUUUUUGAGUUCAUUCAAGUAGUGUUGCUGAAGCUAGACGAUGAGAGAAAGCAACUCAGACCAAAAUUACAGACACUGAAAAAUGAGCUGGUGUAGAUGGGCUUUGUUUUUCACAUGUUCUUGCUUGUUCAUUAAUCUUUGAAUGGCUUCAAGUCAAUAGUUUUAUAUGUCCAUGUUCUCAGCCUUCUAAAACAGCAAUAUGCUGAAAGCUAAUAAAGAAACAUUUCAAAUACUUGACAUUUUUGUGAUACACUUUUAAGGUAAACUGGGAGGCCACAAGUAUCUUUGAAGAUUUUUUUACAUAUGUUUAUAUUGACUUCAUCUAUUGCAUUCCUACAAUAUUCAUAAACACUUGUCAUUGUUCCUCUAUGAUAUAUUUGUAUUUAGGUUCAUGUCAGCAAGUUUCAAAGUUAAAUAACUGAUGAUCAGUCCAAAUUGACAUUUGUAAUCACUAUGUUUUAUUGUCAAAUGACAUCUUUCCAUUUUGCCAUUGAGGUUUGGCCACAGCAGUUGAGGACACUAAUCUUUAAGCAAACUGUUGUACAAUAACAGCGUUGAAAUUUAAUAUUGUAUUCCUACAGUAUGUGUUAAUAAUGGCUGAUGACAUCCUUGUAGUUAAGCUUUGUUUGCAUUUUCGUUAGGUGCAUGUCAAUAAAUCUGGAUAUUCUUAAUUAAAAUUCAGGUCAUGAUGGUUAAUGGCAACUAAAAAUACUGGAAUUAUUCUCACGGAACAUUUUAUGUACGCACAGUGGAAAAAAGCAUUUAGCAAAUUUGAAAAAAUGUGCAGUUGUUAUCAUUCUGUUUUUUCUGCAGUUCAAGUUAAUAAAACUGAAUGGAGAAAGUC